GUAUCCAAUUCCAGCCCUUCCACAAUCCAAAAUUCAAAACCUUGGUUUUCUGCUUCACCCCUGUGCUCAUCUCACUGAGAAGACGAGAGCAGAUUGGGAAGCCGAUGCUUGGAAUCUGUUCGAUUCCGAACCCUUGUAAGUUUUUCUACUCUAACACUCGCAGAAUGUUUAGCUUCUGUAGCAGAAAAAUUCUUCAUAUAAAGUGGUGCGGUGAUUCAUCAACAAAUCUCUUUUUUAUUCGAAACUCAUCUCUUAGAUUUAGUUCGAAUGCCGCAGAAAUACCUUCUCUUACGGUAGAUUACCUUAUAAACAGAUGUGGGUUAAACCAAGAAUCUGCUCUUAAAGCCUCCCAAAGGUUUAAUAUCAAAUCCACCACAAAAGCAGACGCAGUUCUUGCCAUUCUCAAUAGCUAUGGAUUACUCAAACCCUAUAUCUCAAAUCUAAUCAGCAAGGACCCAACAAUACUCUCAGUGGAUCCUAAGACAAUCUUGGUCAAAAUGGAUUUUUUCUCUAAUAUGGGUAUUGCAGUCCCCGACCUUGCAAGGAUGUUCUGCAGAGACCCAAGCAUACUGGCGGGUGCCAGUUUGGAAAAGCAAAUUGUUCCUUCCAUGGACUUCCUUAAGAGUUUCGUUCACAAUGAUAAGAAUGUUGCUGUGGCCUUGAGUCGGUUGAGGUGGAUUAAGGGGAUUCAAAGAGUAAUGGAACCUAAUAUUGGGAUCUUGCGAAAUCACGGGGUGCCGGAUUCUGGAAUUUCGAAACUAAUUAUACGACGCCCUCAAUUACUUACUUGGAAACAACCUCACUUUAAUGAGGUUGUCCUGCAAACCAAGGAACUGGGGUUUGACCCUUCGAGUAUGAUGUUUAUCCAUGCCAUCUGCUCGCUGUCACAGAUGAAUAAGACUACGUUGGAAAUGAAAAUGGAGGUUUUUAGGAGUUUUGGAUGGUCGGAAGAUGAGAUUCUCUGCCUGUUCAGAAAACAACCCCAUUGUUUGACUCGCUCAGAGAAAAUUCUUAGGAUGCGAUUGGAUUACUUCAUGAACAAAAUGAGUUGGACUGCAGCAGAAGUUGCCAAGAACCCAGUCGUUUUGCUUCUUAGCAUGGAGAAGAGAACUGUUCCAAGGUAUUCUGUUAUUCAAGUUCUUCUCUCCCAGGGUUUGAUGAAGAAACAAAGUAUUAGUACUGCGCUGAUAUUGAAGGAAGAACAGUUCUUGGAAAACUUUGUUAGGAAGUAUCAUCAGGAGCUACCUCAGCUGUUAAAGGAGUACAAACGUAACAUGGAAUGACUUGGGAAAUGGGAUUAGUAAUUUGCAGAAUUUGUUCUUACAAUUUUGAGAGGUAUUUGCAAUUUUGUACUUGAUGAUAUUUGGACUUGUAAACAUCUAGGUUAUUUACUUGCUUUCUUUCUUUGUCUACAAGUAACAUCCUCUUCUAUUGAUAUUUAGGCUCCAUUUGUUUCCGUGUAAAACUUUCAUUUGGAAAACUUUACAUGGGAUAAUGUAGAAGAGAUACAUCGGCAACUGUUA